AUGGCCAACAAAUAUGACAACAACAUUAGCUUGAAGGCCUUGGUGAAAAAGGGGAGCAACAAAGUUAUCUUCAUAGAGUGUGACAAUGAUUUUGUUGAUGUUCUCUUUAGUUUCUUGACCAUCCCAAUGGGAACAAUUAUCAGGCUUACUCGUGAACACCCAGCACCCUCGCAAAUAGGUUGCCUUAAUAAUUUGUAUGAAAGCGUUGAGAAUGUUGAUGCACGUCACUUUCCAACUGAAGCAUGUAAAGAGAUGUUGCUACAUCCCCGGGCGGCUGAAUCUCAUUGCAAGAAUCUCAGAUUAAAAACUGACAACGGUGAGGCCACUUGGUACUUUUUGUGCUCUGAGGGUUGCACUCGAAGAUAUAAUCCAUUUAGUCAUUAUAAAGGCGUUCUUUGCGAGUGCGGAGAACCCAUGGAUAGUGAGAUCUCCCUUUCAGAACUUUCAGAAGGAAAGUUAAAAAGACCCUCAUUUUCAGACGGCGGAGUCUUUUGUAAAGAAGCAACCAGAUUUAUAAUUAGUGAUGAUUUAGAAGUGAUAUCUCCAUUAUAUUCAGCAGUCUCUCCUUUCCUUACAACUGUUGGCGUGACGGAUGCGAAUUCUACUGAGGAGAUGACUUUCAAUGUAGGAGUUGAAGAGGUUCUGAAUUUGCUUUUACGCUCAUUUGUUUCCAAGACACCAUUUACAGAUGCUCUGUUAAAGCAAGCUGGGGAGGAUUUUGUUAAUCUACUCUUCAGUUUCCUAACUGUUCCACUUGGAGAAAUGCUGGAUAGCUCUUCCUCUUCGAAAGGCUGCAUUGAUCAAUUGUACAAGAGUGUCCAGGAUCUUGAUGAGCAAUACUUGAAGUCAAAUUACCACAAGAAAAUUCUACUCACUCCUAAAAUGUAUCCCGGUUUUUGCUAUGACAACCAUCUUUUAGGAGUCGAGGAUGCCCUGGAGGCUUCAUACCAUUAUGCGCGUCACCGGGCAGGUGAUUCUUUCGAGGAAAUAUUGACUACUGAUAAAACCCUUAUCCCAUCAUCUGCAACGACUCUACCUACAGUGCCACUCAAAUUCAAGUACUGCAAAAAUCAAGGUGAUUUAAGUGCUCGAGGAUUUUUAAAUGGACCGACGAUGUUUACCAUAACUGACAGUCUUGUCAUAAGGCCUAUAUCUCCUCUGUUUGGAAUUUCUGUUCUGAACGAAAUGAAGGUGCCGUUCUCCGAUAUUGAGGUGCAAAAUGUGAAGGUUGGCAGGGAGGAGGCCUUAUUUCUUUCGGUGACAUCUUUUCGAUGCGAUUCAGCUCUCACCCACGUAUUCCUUAGCCAUAAACGAAGGAUUGAUUUUUAUAAGAUUGUUGAUAAUUAA